AAUGGCAGAGACUAUGAAGAAAGAUGCAGAUGUCAAGAAAUCUGGAGGAAACAUGUUUUGUAAAUAUAUCUUAAAGAUAAAAUAAAGCAGGAAAUACAGAAAUACAAGAUAGAAUGGCAGAGCAUGUGAAGAAAGAAGUAGAUGUCAAGGAAUCUGGGAUAACCUCUACAGUAGAGGAAACAUGUUUUGUAAAUAUACCUGAAGAUGAAAUAAAGCUGGAAAAUACAGAAAUACUAGAAGAAAACCUGGAAUACAAAUUGGAUCCUUUGCAGUCUGAACCAAAGAAAGUCAAGACGAUUAUAUACUCAUAUCCAUGUUCUCAAUGCGAAUAUUUUACAACAACAACAAGUAGUCUGCAGAGACAUGUUAAGAUUAAGCAUGAAGGAGUAAGAUAUCCGUGCCCUACAUGUGAUUAUGCUGCAACUACCGCAAAUAAUCUGAAGAAACAUGUUGAAAGUAAACACGAAGUAUUGAGGUAUCCUUGCUCUCACUGUGAAUAUGCUGCAACUACAGUAAGAUAUCUAAGGAUGCAUGUUGAAAGUAAGCAUGAAGGAGUGAGAUAUCCAUGCACUAAGUGUGAUUAUGCUGCAACUAUAGCAUAUAAUCUGAAAAAACACAUUGAAAGUAAAUAUGAUGGAGUAAACUAUCCUUGCCCUAAAUGUGAUUAUACUGCAGCUAGGGCAAGUGAUCUGAAGAAACAUGUCGAAAGUAUACACGAAGGAGUGAGAUAUCCUUGCCCUGAAUGUAAGUAUGCUGCAACUACAGCAGGUGCUCUUAAGAAACAUGUUGAAAGUCAACAUAAAGGAGUGAGAUAUCCUUGUUCUCAGUGUGAGUUUGUUGCAACUUUAGCAAGUAGUCUGAAGAAGCAUAUUGAAAAUAAGCAUGAAGGAGUAAGAUAUCCAUGCUCUCAAUGUGAGCAUGCUGCACAUUCAGUACAGGGUCUAACGAGACAUGUUAAGAAUAAGCAUUCGUGUUAGUUAUCUUUGUGUUCAAAGUUAGUUUUUAAUCAAAAUAGGAGAACUAAUGUUUUCCUUGGUUAUGUAUUAAAACAUACCAUUGCUCGGCAGGAAAUCCCUGAGAGGCAAAGGGCGUAACCCUAGUGUUUUGAAAUGAUGAUAAUAAUAAUAAUUACUCACGGAGGUCUUAAGAUAUCCUGAAAAUUAUUUGUUCCCUUAAACAUCAAUAUUUUACAGAUGACUUAGUUACUAGAAUCCCAUAAUUUUGAAGUUACACCUUUCAAGGAAAGUUUUUUUCAUUUUCCUUAAACUUUUGAAAUCAAUUAUUAUUAUAUAACUAUAUAAUAUUUACUAAACAAAACUGGUUUCAGAAAGUUACUACAAACAUGGUCCCUCUCUCAACUCAGGGGUUUCACAUCUUCUAAGAGGAGAGCUCAGGGGUGGGAAGUUUAGAACGAGAUGAUUACAUUGUGUAACACUCCCCCAACCCAUCCAAGGAACCGGGAAAGAACUGCUUCAACUCCUUGUAGAACACAAUGAAGAAAUCACAGGAGUUAAGAAUCAUAGUAGAGCAGCUCAUCAGUUGCCAUCUUUAAGAAAAAUUUAACCAGUGUUCAAGAUUCUGAGAAUAAUUGUUCAAAGUUUAACAAAGAAAAUCACUUAUUAUUAGGAAACUCGUCAAGAGUUCUCCUUAAACCAUUAACAGGCUUAAAAUCACUAUUAUAGCUGGACCCUCAACAGGCUUAACAUAACCAGGAACGCUCAAUAGCUUCCAACUCCAGAGGACUCUCGAACCUGAAAUCCAGCUCCUCUUGGAAAGGAACAGCUCUGGGAUCUCGCGGACUCCCUGCUCAUCACAGAACUAGGACCAGGCAGAGGUUCAUCAGAACAAGGAGCAUCCACUGAGGGAAAAACAGGCUUCUCCUGGUUAGACAGCUAGAUUACUUUCCUAUGAUCCAAGUCAGCCCCACACACCCCAUUCUCCAGUACAACCCAGAGUUCUAGAGAUUAUGUGGUUUUCCAGAUUAAAUGGUAGAUAUUUGUGAGAACCAAUCUACUCUGAAGAAACCGGAGCUGUCUUUAAUCAAUCUACUUUGGAGAUAUCUGAACUAUGUUCAAAUCAAUAAAUUUACUAUGGAGACAUCAGAGCUGUGUUCAAUCAAUCAAUCUACUUUGAAGAAACCGGAGCAGUUUAAUCAAUCUUUACUCUGGAGAUAUUGGAGAUAUUUUCAAAUCAAUCAAUUUACUAUGGAGACAUCAGAGCUGUGUACAACCAAUUAAUCUACUCCGAAGAAACCCGAGCUGUCUUUGAUCAAUCUACUGUGGAGAUAUUGGAGCUGUGUUCAAUCAAUCAAUUUACUCUGAUAGUUUAGAUGUCGUCAUUAUUAUGUUAAAGAAAAGUCUAAAUGUCGUCGUACUUCAGCUGAUCAGCUGUUCACGGCAUCUUUUCCUAUAAACCAGCUGAUUCAUUUCAGCAUAAAGUGUUAAAUCUUUAAUUCAGGCAACUUAUCUAAAUAAAUCUUUACUUCAGGCAACUUAUCUAAAUCUUUUGAAGAUCUUUUGAUACAUUUUAUUUUUAAUCUUGAUGAACUGAAUAUUCGUAAAUAUUGACUUUAAUAUUUUUGCAUAUUAAUGUAAUAAAUCCACCCUAAUGAAUAAAAACUUAAACUUAAUAAACAAAUAUUUGUAAAACAUAGUUAAAAUUAACAAAAAUUGUUCAUUGGAACUAUAGUAAAUAACGUCAUAUUUUUUUUAUUUUUCAUACUGAAUCUAAUUUUCAGAUAUAGAAUGGCAGAGACUCAGACAGAAGAAUUAGGUUUAGAAGAAAAAGAGAUAAAAGAAGAGAUAGUCUCCAUCAAGGAAGAAAUUCUUCCAUCCUCUACUGUAGAUGAUACAUGUUCUGUGGAUACAGAUAUGAAAGGCAACUUAAAUGACAAAUGAGUGUGUAAGUUAGAGAUAAAUUGAUUCCGUAUCAAGGGGUUACAGGUAAGAUAUCAUUUAAGCUGAUAUAACAAUUUUAAUUUUGGCGGAUUUUCUUUUCCUGGUGUUCACGACAUCUUCACCAAUAAACCAGCUGAUCUGUUCCAGUAUAUGGUGUUGAAUAUUCACUUCAGGCAAUUUAUCCCAUUCUUUUGGAGAACUUUUAAUAAAAUUUCUUGU